AUUCAUUUACACCCCCAUUUGUUGAUUUGAUUUUUAUCUGUUUUCCACUUAUGACGUAAUUGCGAUUUUUUAAAUCAAUUUUCUAAAAUCAUUCUAGAGUCUUGGGACUGAUAACAUUCGAAAGAUUUUGUAACCGCAAUUUUGCAAAUAUAUACUUUUAUGGGUGCAUCUUUUACCAUUUCUUAGAUACUGGGGUUUAGAAUUUAGUACUUUACCGAAAGAGUUUUGUCCGUUUUAUUGAAAGUUAUUUCCCUUGUUUGUAGUGAUUAAAACUUUGAACCGCCAAAACUUAGUCAUUUCUUUACUGAUUUUCAUCAUCUUUGUGUCUAAUCAUAUUAAUUUUUCCUCAGCAAUCCAUUAAAGGGUAUAUUGAACGCAUUUAUUUAUCAUGGUGAUUGGAAAUGACGUAUUUUGCAGUUUUAGCUACGUUUAAGCCUGUUCGUAACACGUAUUAAGCUUAAUUUGUGAUUGGUUAACUUGAAAUCCGCUCUGAUUGGCUAACCAAACAUGACGUUACUGAUUGGUUUAUAUUUAUAAAAGACCUUCUAGGGACGAACACUUAUUCAUUUUAUGAACAACUUCAUCAUGAAACCUACGUUUACACUUUCGGCACAUACCGUCGAAAAACACUUGGAUGUAUAUAACUGGAGUGCCUCUGUGUUUUUUAAUGAAUAUGUCAUGUACAGUGCUAUUCAAACGUGUUUACAUAAUCCUGACACAGAGAAAAAGCAUGGCAAACGUUUUGAACUGACUAAAACUUUCAGUUACGAUAUUUGGGGCAUACCAAUAAACCAAGCAAUAAGAUCAAAGUGAUAUUUACGAAGACAAAAAAGGUAAUUUUUGUAAUAACUGCUUAUCCAGUUGUCUAAUGAUUUGAUUGAUAAGACAUGUUUGGACAUGAUUUUCUAUAAUAAGAUCAUGACGAAAGUGAUCAACCAAUCAUGUAAAAGAUUGCAUCAUACAACAGCCAAUCAGAUGCAAGAGAAAGUGGACCAAUCAGAAGAGACUUUGAUCUAUAAAAAGACGGUGUAACGAUUACCAAGGUCAUUAGAGUUCUGACACUCGAACAAGAAACAUGGCAAGCUACAGAUGCAAGUACAGUCUCGGUAAUGAACGUUACGUGCAAGUGAAUGAAUGGAAAGGUGAGCUGAGAGUAGACUUAAGGGAAUGGCAAGGAGAUAAACCGACGAAGAAGGGCAUCAGCUUAACGUUGAUGAGAUGGAAAAAUGUUGUGGACGCAGUGGAAUUUGUGGAUCAAUCUCUAGGAAAUAAACAAGUGUACAAUGCUCAUCUUGGAGGAAACGUGUACAUGUCGAUUAAAGCUGGGUGUGUUUGCGUUGAUAUUCGACAAUACUGGAAGCCCAAGGACGAUGUUGUGCCAACUAAGAAAGGAUUGUGCCUUAGACCAGCAGAGUACGUGAAAUUGAAAGAAGUAAUACCUGACAUCGGUAAAAAUCUACCAGAAUUGGACUCUGUGGUGCCCUGUUACCUACAAAGCGAUCAUAUGAAUCAGAUGGGAGCGUUACAGUGUUCAGAAUGCAACCCAAACGAUUUCAUGAAUUGGUAAAGGCACGUGAUCGUGUUCUAAAAACAUUAACCAAUGACAAACCGUUUCUAAAAAUAACCACCAAUCACUAACAUUGAAUACGUUUAUUAGGAAAAUUUACACACACACUUCAUCAGAAGACACCAAACGAAUAGCAUGGA